AUGGAAUUUAUUAGGUCAUCUAUAUAUACUGAAGAGAUAACAGAUCAUGGUAUUUUGCACAAUGAAGUAAAUAUUAAAUCUUCCAAAGAAGAGAGACUGGAAGAAAUUCAGUCAAGCCUUCCAGAAUACUCACGUGUUGACAUAAGAUGGGGUAAGGAUAAUAAUGAAAUAUCUACUAAAGAUGGGGAGGAUACCUAUACUGGUUUGUUGGUAACUGAAGAUGACCUUGAGUAUUACAAUAGUAUGUAUGAAUCACGAAGACACCAGGAAGAACAGAGAUUGAGAGAAGAAGAAGAAAUUAGAAGGAAUUUUGAGCAAUUUCGUAGGAGAAGAAGUAAGAUGAUAUCAAAGGAAUUUCUAACUAUGGGAGAUUUCAACUUCGAACAAGAUACUGAAAUUAAAAUUUCUAAUGCUAAGGGAUACAACACAGAUAUACAAGCACCUCAUGCAAUAAAAAUUAAAAACAAACUUAAAACUAACAAUACAAGUGGUCAAGUUCUAAAAUCACUCUUUGCUGGAUAUAGUGAUGAAGAUACCGAGUAA